AUGAUCCAAACAAUUUUAGAAACAAUUCUGGUUGCGCAUUCAAAUGAUGUCGAAGAUAGUCCGAGGAAUGACGGCUUUCAGGCAGCAGUAACAGCAGUCGCAAAAGAUCGCGUUGAUGCUAGUUUCAAUGGACUAGACAACACUGAUCUCAUCGAAUUUUGCUGGCUUCUUGUUCUGCGAUAUAGAAUCGUCAGCAGCACUUCAAACAUCCACCAUUUUCUAGAGACCAUUUCCAAAAUUGAGAGGAACUUACCAAUAUGGCGACUCAUCACGCAAAUCUAA